GGGCAGAAUGAUGAUUAUUUGAUGAAGCUACCUCAUCAGAUUUACGAGAGUGAUUAAAAGAAGAAGUUCAUGCUAGAGCAUGCAUGGAGAGAGUUAAGACAUGAUCAGAAGUGGUGUGCAUCACAUUCUACUAAAGAGACUGACAAGAGUAAAAGAAGAAAGGUUGAAUUCGGUUCUAUACAUUCUUCUGAAGCUUCCCAAGUCCAUGGAGAGUCUGAAGCUUCUCAAGCUCGUCCACCUGGUGUGAAUGCUGCCAAGGGUAAAGGCAAAAAGACUGCCAACAGUUCACCAAAUGUGGAAGUAGAAGGGCACACAUUGGAAAGGAUUCAGAUUUUGUGGGACAUAAAGCAACAAACUUUUGCUUUGAAGCAACAAGAACAUGCUUUGAAAGAUAAACUUACCAACAAAAAAUUGCUUGGAUUUCUUUUAGCGAAAUCAGAUCCUUUUACUGAAAUUGAAGAAGAACUAAAAACCAAGCUAAUUAGAGAGAUUUUGCUUUGAAUUUCUUGCUUGUAUUUCUGUUUAUGUUUAUGUUUCUGGUUGUCUUUGUGUUUAUGUUACCAACAAUGUAGUUUGUGUUUAUGGUUCUGUUUCAUAUGCUAAAUGAUGUUUAUGUUUCAUAUGCUAAAUGAUGUUUAUGUUUCAGUUAGUUUGUGUCUUCAAGUCAUAUUUUGUAAACAAACAAAACAAAAUAUUUUGUUAUCACUGUUUUGUUCUCUGUUUGUAUAUUCUCUGUAGGUUCACGUGAAAGGAGAAAAAGAAAACAAAAUGAUGGACACCACAAGUCUUCUCCAUAGGUUCACGGACACCACAAGUUUCACUUUACUUUGUACCACAAGUUUUCACUUUACUUUGUACGACAAUUUGUCACUUUGCUUUGUACACCAUGUAUUAUUUCGGAAGCUUUGCUAUAAAUAUCACUCUGUAAU